AUGGCGACCGCAAUCAGCAGCCUCUUCUCCUUUGGAGCGAGACAUGAGCGACUUCCGACAGACGAAGCCUCCGCGUCUCGUGUGAGCGAUGACGAAGAGACCACCACCAACAACAACAAUAGCAGCAGCGUGAUUGUGGAGACUGUCGCCAGCGACGACGAGGACGAGGAAAUGGGCACCGCUGCAACCGAUGAAGACGACUCGGGUGUCAUGGACAACCACAACAACGAAGAGGACGAUGACGAGGAUGCCGCGGCACAACUGACCGCUACCAUCCCUCGUUUAUCGACCCGAGGCGGAACUGUCACACUGACGGAAUUAGAGGAAGAGCGUGAAUUGGCGCGACGCCGCACCAGCGCUUGCGUCUUGUUGGCGGUCUUUGUCCUCUUUCGAUUGUGGGUCGAAGCGCUCCAGUCGGGCGAUUUCUUUGUCAUGUUGCUCUGUCUCUUUGGAACAUCCUGGACCGCUCGCUUGAUUCGACACAACCGAGAACGCGAAGAAGCCCUCGAUGAACGCAUCCGCUCCUACCUCGAAAACGCUGAUCCUAAUACGACCGAAAUUGAUCGAAACGACCUGCGAUUCUUGUCCUUCCAAGCGCAGCUCGCACUUGCCAUGAUGGAAUCCCAGCGACAAAUGCAAAUGGGAGGAUACGGACAUCCCGAUGGACCGAACAAUAACACAAGUAGUGGCGUUAGUGACGAUGCCAAGUCCAAAUGGGAACACUUUGCCUUUAAAGAAGGCAUGGAAGACGGAAUGGCCGUUCCGCUCAAGGGAGCGGCCGAUUACGGGAGUGUAGCGCAGGAAGAACAUGCCAAGGGAUUGGAAGAAGAUGGUCCCCACUGCUCCAUUUGCCUAGGGGAAUACGAACACGGAGAAAAAUUGGUCCGACUUCCCUGCGCACACAUAUACCACGACGAUUGUGUCUCUUCCUGGACCACCGGUCACACUCGUUGUCCUCUCUGCAACUUUGAUCUCGAAUCCGUCGCAGGUACCGAGUCUUCGUCUUCUUCCGCCUCUCCUCCCCAAGACUCCAUGGUGUAA